GAAAGGGACGGGCGCGGGGAAGUCGGCGGUUUCCGCGCGGCGGGCGUCCGAGCGAGGGGCUGCGGGGGAGCGCGCGUCCCCGCCGCGCCUCAGGGCGAGCUGCCUCCUCGCCGCGCCGGGAGCCGCUCCCGCUCGGCGGACUUUGAGCCGCCUGGCGGUGGUGGGCGCCUGCGGGCCGCCCUUCGUCGGGCCCCGCGUGUGGGCUGAACGGAGCGGCGCGGGCAGCGGAGCGCGUUUGUUUGUCUUGUGCUGCCCUGCGUCCAGGCUGCUGAGAUCCUGUGCGGCUCGUUUGUGGCUCGUCGCCGUGAGGAAUUCUUCGUGUGUUGUUCUUGAAGGCGGUUUUCUGCUGCUGGGGGGGAGCGUGAUCUCAGUUCAGAGAGAUUUUUGUUUGUUUAUGAGGUAAUGCGGCUGGGAAAAGUUCAGGGCUCGCAGUAAGUCUUUCAGAAAUGAAUCGAGCCUGUAGUUUUAUAGAUACAAUCUGUCUGGGUUUUCCUGUUGCUUUCUUUGUAAGAUAGUGUUUUAAAAUGAAAGGAUAUUUUAGCAGGCCGCUUAUUAACGUGUCGGUAUCUCUGGUACGAUUUCAGUUUCGAAAUACAGUUCUCUGCUUACACAGGAAGCUUCACAGCACUGGCUGGCUGCUCAGAACACAGCUGCUGGCUCUUGGCUGCAGAACUGUGCAGCAUCUUCCUCAGGUCGUGAUUUCCAACUGACCUGACUUUCAAAGGGAUCUUGAUGCCCCCUCUUUGGAAGCAUUCAAGGCCGGGCUGGAUGAGGCUGUGAGCAAACUGGUCUAUGGGAGGUGUCCCUGCCUGUGGCAGGGGGUUGGGACUGGAUGGUCUUAAAGGUCCCUCCCAACCCAAACCAUUCUAUGAUUCUAUAAUUGUUUCUUGGAGCUUAAAUGCUGCAGUAAUACAUCUUUAGCCACAUCGAUAGCAUUUGCCACUUGUGACAGGAGAGGUAUCUGUAUUCCUCUUUCCCUGUAGACAUCGAUGGGGCAGUGGCUGAAGUUUUGUCCCACCAAUUGGUUACUGUCAUAAACAGAUAGGGGAUGUCCUAUUUUAUUUCAGAGGUGUUUCUGAGGAGUUCCGUACGAUGUUCUUUGAAUUGUUCUUGUAGUGUUUUCUGCACUCUUUCCAGUAGUAGCUUAAUCUUGAAGCGUUCUUAUUGAAAUAUCCUGAAUUACUUACAUGACUCCAUUUAAUCAAUGAAGUAGAAUAAAGAAUGAGACAACCUGUUCUUCUCAGCCAAUGUUCCAUUUGUAUAUAAUGUAUUUGUCUAGGAACCUUGGCACUCCUUUAUUGUAACAGAGCUCAUGCCAGCCUCUGAACUCAUGGCUAAAUCCUGCUCGUCAUUUUUUCCUCUCUGGCUUUUAUUUUGGAAAGAAUUUAAAAAUCUCCAGGCUGCUUUGCAAGACUUCAAAGCAUUCAUUCAAACUUCUUUUACAAUUGCUGGUGAGCAGUGUAGUGAUGUAACUGCUGUUCUAGGGUUCGCACAUCUCACAGAUUGUUCUGCAUGUAUUUACUCAGGCCUGUCCUUCCCAGCCUGCAGGACAUUCCCAGGCUGGCUGUCCCUCGCUGCCCCCAAUUCUACCCCAGCAUCAGUAACAUCCCAAGCUGUCUCCCUGCUCUAAACGCCAGAGGUGCCCUGUGGAGGCUGGAGGAGGUGCUGUCUGACAUCCCUACAGCACAUGGGGUGUAGGGCAGACUGUGGACCUCAUUUCCAUUGAAUAACCCGUAUCCUGUUGAUCAAGAAACCAGAUUGUUCUUGUUUGUUUGUUUUCCUUCCUUAUUGGAAGAGCACAGUAGUGGCUCCAAGCUCACUUCAAUGUCAGUUUGCUGCUAAUGGGUGUAAGUAAAUUAGAUGUCUUGUACAGAAAGCUUCUCCUCACUAAACUCUUCAUCAGAGGAUGGGGAAAGCCAGAGGAUCUGAAGAGAAUAUUUGAAUUCAGAAAGAUUAUUGGAAACAGGGAAAAAUGCCAGACACUGGUUUCAAAAGAUUACCCAGUUUUUAUUGACAAGGUUGAGGAACAAUCAGACUGUAAAAUCCUUGAGGGGCACUUCAUUUCCCCUUUAGCUCAUUAUGUUCCGGGUAUCCUGCCUGUUGAGUCCCUUGUAGCCAGGUUUCAGUUCAUAACACCCAGAAGAUGGAACAGCAAGCACAGACCUGUAUGCAUUCAUUUAGCAGGCACUGGGGAUCACCACUUCUGGAGGAGACGCACAUUAAUGGCUCGUCCAAUGAUAAAAGAAGCCUGUAUGGCUUCCCUAUUGCUUGAAAAUCCCUAUUAUGGCUGCAGAAAACCUAAGGAUCAAAUACGGUCAUGUUUAAAAAAUGUCUCGGACCUGUUUGUGAUGGGAGGAGCUCUUGUUCUAGAAUCGGCAGCUCUUUUGCACUGGCUAGAGAGAGAAGGCUAUGGACCGCUAGGGAUGACUGGAAUAUCCAUGGGAGGACAUAUGGCUUCCCUGGCAGUGACGAAUUGGCCUAAACCAUUGCCAUUGAUUCCGUGUCUUUCGUGGUCAACAGCUUCUGCAGUCUUUACUACGGGUGUGCUGAGUAAGGCAGUGAACUGGAGGGAGCUUGAGAAACAAUAUUAUACACAAACUGUUUACGAAGAAGAAAUCAUUCAAAUGCUUGAAUACUGUGGAACAGAUUCUUUCAAGAUGGGACAAGAUUUUGUUAAAAACUUUCCUGACAAUGUGGAUAGUCUGGAGGACAUAGAUGUGGCUUCCAGAAUGUUCAGCUUUGAUUCAUCAAACAAGACUGAGUCUAAAGAAGCUGUCCACAGCUUUACCGCAAGUAGAAGUCCUCUAAGUGCCUCAUCAGAAAGACUCCUAAUGCAAGAUGCUCCUAAAAUUCAGUGCUUCAAUCAAACAUUUUCAACCACUAGCAAUAAAAACUUAACCAUGCAACAGGGACACAGGAUAAAUAAUAGAGCAAAGAGUGACACUUUACAGAGAGAAUCAUUAAGGUUCAUGAAAGGAGUAAUGGAUGAAUGUACUCAUGUAGCUAACUUCUCAGUUCCAGUUGACCCCAGUUUAAUCAUAGUUGUGCAAGCUAAGGAGGAUGCGUAUAUUCCUCGAACUGGAGUGCGCAGUCUUCAAGAAAUCUGGCCCGGAUGUGAAAUCAGGUAUCUGAAUGGAGGUCAUGUCAGUGCCUACCUCUUCAAACAAGGACUCUUUAGGAAAGCAAUUUAUGAUGCGUUUGACCGCUUUCUUCAGAAAUAUGCUGUUUAACAAUCUUCAUCAUGGAUUCAAACUGAUCUCUUUUCAUUUCCCAUUAUUGGAACUCAUCUUUGGAAAACAAACUUCUUGCAGUGUUAAGUAGUUGAUGCUCAAUUACUUUGAAUGUUGUAGGUAACAAAUAUAAAAAAUGAUCAAGUCCCAGUAUUACUUUUCUUUCAAGCAAGUGCCAUUCUGACAUGCUUCAGCUUUACCUGAGAAGAGCAAUGGUAAUAUUUGUUAAUGCACGAAUGGUUCGUGUACUUCUUACUUUAUUGCAUUAUGUAUCAAUUCUGAGUAAAUUCUUAAUUGUGUAUCUGUUGAAAACAGACCAAUUUAAAUAUUGAUAGAAUAUAAAAUUUGCUGUGGAGCUAAGAUGCUGUCUUAUGUUCAGUGUAUUUACAGUUUGUUCCAGCUACCAUGUUUUCCUCUUGCUUCCUUGUCACUUGCUAUUCCUACUGCAUUUUAAUAUGGCUUGGCCAGCACUCUGCCUCUUGUGUUUGUCACUGAUUUUUCUCUUAUUGUGAAUCGGAAAUGAACUACAAUGGAUGAGGCAAAAUUAAAUCUUGCAAAAAGCUUUUAAAAACUGAAUGAAGGGUGAGAGAGACAUUUUAAUUCAAUGCAUCCAUUAGAUUUUUCUGCUGUUAAAUUAAAGGGUGCCAUUCCAGAAGACUCAUGUAGCUAUUCACUGUUUUUACAGAACUGGAAUAACUCUAAAUGGAGUGUCCAGUAAUUCAUUUUCUACAUACAUUCAAUUGGAUAAUGAAGUUUUUCUAGUAGAUUUUUUUUUAAAAAUUGCUAAAGGGAAUAACAAUGUAAUAACUUUUAUUGAUAAACAGUAGCAGAAAGAGUCUGAUUCUAACCAGAUGAAUCAACAACAGAUUAUAUGGUGCUAUAAACAUCUCCUUGAAAGCAGGGAUCCUUUUUAAAAUGCACUCAGUGCUGAUAUGCAAAAACACAUUGUAAUAUUCUAGAUUGUUAAGAACAUAUGUGAGACUAAGGGUUAUCAAAAUAGUCACAUAUUAACUUCUUGUUUUUCAAAAGUUUUUUAACUGACCUUUAAAAAAGAAAAAGGUAGGAUUAGGAACGCAUUUAAGUAAAUCCCAUCUGUUGCUGCUUCUUUUGGGAUCAAAAAUGCCAGCAAAUUCAAGUAAAAUUAAAGGUCAUCAUGAAUCAGCUAUAUGUGGUAGCUGUCCAUAUCUUAUUUAGUGGUAAUGUCCUGCAUCGUUCUUUUAAAGCAAGUUUGCAGGGAAGUUGAAAGCCAAAACACUUCAAUAUUAAUGUUAGUACUGUAGUGGCUGAUGUUUCACAGAAACAAACAGAAAAAUCCAGGUAUUUCUUGAGAUACGUGACUGACGUACCUUUCAAAUCAUAUGCUUUAUUGAUUUCCAUGGUUACCAUAAUGGUUUUUAAUAGUGCAUGAAGCAAUCAAAGCUCUGUUUGUUCCAGUGUAUUAUCUUGAAUUUCAGUCUGGCAGACAGAACUGAUAACUGCUAGUAUUACUGGUCAGAUAAAUUGAGAUAAAAGUGAAUGCAACAAUUUGUGAAAACCAAAGGCAGUUAACAUCAAAAUGUGCUGAAAAUUCAAAAGAAGUUAUAUUCUGUUGGAAGUUAAAUUGUUUCGAGUGUUUUAUCAUCAUUUCUUUUAGGCAUUGUUGUUUUUUUUAUCUGUAUUGGAAGCGAGUAUAAAGUGACUAGCAUGUUUCAAAAUCUUAAAAUACUGAAUUUUGGAAGAUUGGGAAUGAAAUAUGUAGGCUCUGAAUUUUAAAAUUAAAUACUUGAAUACUAAACUGAAAGUUUUACGGGUUUUACCUUGAUACUAACUUACCUGUCAACUAAGGGUGUUUUACAAAAAGGCUGUCAGCUGUUCACCAAAUCUUUUACAUCUCCAUAGAUGUCCACAUUUAAAUGUAUUUAUGUGCUUUGUCCUGUUUCUGUUGCAGCUGUGAAAGAAAGGGAGAUAAGUGGUGGCAAGGGACAGAGCAUGAAUAAAUGGAAGAGGAAAAAGAUUAUUUUAUAAGGCCAGGACUAAGCAUAA